AUGUCUUCAAAUAGAGCGGUUCAAGUAAACAAACUUGCGGCAAUAGUGAGAGAAAAGUACAAAGCUCUUAGAAGAAUGCAAGCAGAUGAAAAAGAACUUCUACAGUCAACGUUUAAACCAAUAACUACUCCUCUUAAAGAAAUAACCAAUUAUAUGAAUAAAAAUGUUCCUAAACCAGAUCUCAACGAGGAUGACUUACAAACUAAUCAACCAUCACAGACCAGUGACGACGAACCUCUACAUAUACAAACAUCGUACAACCCUUAUUUAGAAACAUAUACGCAAGAUUUAGGGAAUACUGACCAGAUCUUUGGCCCCACGUUUAACUGGGAGACGGGUGAAUGGGAGUUUGGAAAUCACACCAUUCAGUUCGGUAAAGAUAGCAUUAAAAUGGAUUCACACAUUUUUAAAGCUACACCCGGCCUGUACGAACUGAUUUUCUCGAAGGAACCUACACAAUAUACUCUAGCCGAUCAAAAAAUUUACAAAACUCUUCUAGACGAAUCCGGAGUGCAUAAAGAUGACCGUGGACGUCUACGUCACCAAUCUCGCACAACAAAAUACGAAAAAAUUAUUAAGCCAAUGUAUCUAGGAAAAAGAAGAACACAGGUCUUACAUGGCACCGCAAAAAAUGUCGAACCCGACGCAGAAAAUACAUCAGACAUACAACAACAGGGUAAAAGAAGACAUAUAUCACAGAAGGAACAAGAUGCAAAGAACAUGCAGAUACAAGGUUCAAAGAUAAACCGUGAUGAUGUUCCCUCCAGACCUCUUGAAACACGGGAUUGUGAUAUAGCAAAUAAGCAGGUACUUAACGAACUGCAAGAAAUAUGGUUUCAGUAUAACAAAUAUGGUGAUCCGAACAUGCUUGUGAAAGGGCUUAAAAUUCUUUCAAAAGCCGAUGCUUUAACCGGAAAAGAAGCAGCUGAAAUUAUAGAAGAACUGAAGUACCUAGAUAUUAUUGACUAA